CCAAGAUGUCGUCGUCUCUUGCUCCCGAAUGUAAUGAGGUGAAGGAACGUUACGAUUCUUGCUUCCUGAAGUGGUACAGCGAAAAAUAUCUCCGGGGAAAGGGCACAACAGAUGAAUGUGCAGCUCUGUUUAAGGAUUACAAGCAUUGCUUGACGAAUGCACUCAAAGAUCGCGGCAUUGACCAGAUGCUCGAGGAGGCCCGGGAGGAUCACAAGGAGAAUGACGCUGCAAAUCUGCGGCGAAAGUAAAUGGGAUUUCUUGCGAUGAUUGUACAGUAUAUUGGCGUGGACGGCGCUCGGCGUGAAGCAUUUUAAGAAACUCUGCUCUGGCUCAGAAGGCUUCUCUUCUCAGAAAACAUAUCCUUUUUUCUUCCUGGCUUGUAAGAUAAUUACAGAUGCACUCAAUGGAUCUCAACGUGCAGAGAACAACCCCGGUGACCUUGGUACAGGAAUAGUCUCGGAAAGGGGUUGAUACGCCAGAUAAGACGAUUUUGACGAGAGCCCAUUGACUGCCAAAUCGAAAACCAACAAUGAAGAAGACUUUGCAACAAAUGUACAUUGUUUGUCGACUGUCAUGGCAAUCUAUACUCGGCAUAUAUGUCCAGAGGGGAAGUACCGAAGUAUAAAAAUAGGAGAUCUGGGGUUAGCCUGACACGUGAUUGAAGGCAGUGAAGCUUAAUUUCUGAUCCUAGUCGCGAGAGAUAGAAGUGAAAUUGAG